UUCCUACACCACCAAAGCCGGAGGGGGAAAUGAAGAUGGAGAUCAGCUCAAGGGCGGUCCUCCUGGCCGCGUUCGCCGCAGCGGCCACCAUCGGCCUCGCCGGCGCCAGUUUCCGUGACAACUGCGACAUCAAGUGGAACCCUGAGAACGCGGCCUUCUCCGACGACGGCCACGGCCUCACCAUGUCCCUAAAGAGCAACACCUCUGGCUGCUUGCUGCAGACGAAGCAGCAGUUCAUCUACGGCAGCGUCUCCACCCGCAUCAAGCUCGUCCCAGGGAACUCCGCCGGCACCGUCACCACGUACUACACAUCGUCCGUGGGGGCGGACCAUGACGAGAUCGACUUCGAGUUCCUGGGGAACGAGACGGGGCAGCCCUACACGCUGCACACCAACGUGUUCGCCGACGGCGUGGGCAAGAAGGAGAUGCAGUUCGUGCCCUGGUUCGACCCCACCACCGACUACCACACCUACACCAUCUCCUGGACGCCCUGCAUGAUCGUCUGGUACGUCGACGACACCCCGAUCAGGGUGUUCCGCAACUACCGGGACAAGGGCAUCGCGUACCCGAUCAAGCGGCCCAUGUUCGGCUACUCCAGCAUCUGGUCGGCGGAGGACUGGUGCACGCAGGGUGGCCGCGUCAAGGCCGACUGGUCCAAGGCGCCCUUUGUCGCCAGCUACCGCGACAUGGUCCUCGACGUCUGCCCCUGCGAUGGAAGCGACUCCUGCGUCUACGGCUGCGAGGGGGCCUUCGGCCAUGGAGGUCAGGAGCAGAACUGUGCUGGCCUCAGCGACAAGCAGCGGACCAAGAUGCUGGAGAAGCAAAAGUACAACAGGAUAUACGACUACUGCGUCGACUACAAGGACAACAAGAAGCCCGGCCCAGAGUGCAGCCUGCCGCAGUACUGAUCGACCCACGUAUCCAGCUGCCGUCUGAUCGUGGCACGCACCAGGGAACAUUGGUUGGCCGGCCGGUCUACCACUGCAUGCAUACACGAUGGAUUGAUUCCACUGGGACAUCAUUUAUUAUUAUUAUUUUGAUAUACAUAUAUUUUUGUGUUCUCAAGAUUUUUCAUUCUUGUCUUCUAAAUUAUGUUUCUUUUGAACAGCUCCAUCAUAUACCUAUAUAUAUACUUGCAUUAUGCUAUGAUAUACAUGUAUGAGUUUUAUGUAAAUGUUGUUCCUAAC